CUUACUCAUCGAAACAAAAAAACAUGGAGGACACCCGGUGGUCUUGAGUGGGGCCUGAGUACACUGAUUCAACCACAUUUCAGUUAUCAAUUUCUCCUAAUAAACUCUCGUCGUUCAGCUCCUAAUCAUCACGAACGCUGGAGGAAGAGCGAGAUGAAGCCCAAGAGUAAGAGCAAGAGAAGUGUCCGCAAAUUCGGUAGAUUGAAGAUCAACCAGAAGGAGGAACCACCCAGCAAUGACGAUGGCAUCGACCUGUCCAAUUUACGUAAGCCCAUCACAACGAGUUUGUCGAGCUUACGACAAGUGGCUAAACUUUUUGAUAAUGGAAACCACGAAGUCAAAUCCAUUCUCGAUUAUGAGUGCGAAGUCAUUUAUGAGUGUAGGAUUUGCAGGAGUUUAUUCAGGAGUUUGGCGAAUUUUAUAUCACACAAGAGGGUUUAUUGUAGAGCUAAAUUCGAUAUUUCUAUGGACAGGAGCGCCAUCGAUCCACAUGGCAUGCCGAUCCUAAUCCCCAACAUAACGCCCCCGGCAUUCUCGGACACCGAGUCGAAGGAGAACUGCACAGCGGAGCGUUCCCGGAGUCGCCCCGGCGACGCCUUUUCCCGAAAGGACCUGACGUCAGUGGUGGCGAUGCUCCAGCAGAGGCACGCGGACCCGCAGCCGCGGGCCCCCUCGCCCCUCCGCAUCGUCGCGGACACCGAGCAGGUCCUCCUGGAGGUCCUGGAGUCCAACAAGGUGGCGUACCAGACAGUCCUCGAGCCAACGCACAGGGAGAUCGACCCCACAGACCUGAUGAAAGCUCAAGCAAACGAAGUACAAAAUAUCCUGAGUCGAGACACAGCAGUCCUGGGUCCCGACGGCCACCUCAUCGAGGUCAAUCACCUGGAGAAGCCCGACAGUCCCCUCCAGUUCCACGACCACCCAGAGGACUCCCUGUCCUCGACAUCCUCAGGGGACACCAACCUCACGUGCUCAGUCUGCGACGCCAAAUUCGCGACGAAGAAGACGUUGACUUUCCACAUGAAGUCCCUGCACACACCCCACAGGAUGGUCUACCCCUGUCCCUGCUGCGAGAGCCUCUUCACGAACCCCUGGGGUGUCUACCGGCACCUCUACAAGAUCCACAGGAAGAGCAACGACCAAGUGAGGAAGCUGCGCCCUCAAAUCCAGGAGAAGGCCUACAGAACCGAAGCGACACGAGCUCAGGACAUCGAGAAGGACUGCGCCAACAGUAAAUUGAAUAAUAAUCACGAGACAACUGUCAACGAGACGGAGGAGUGGAUGGCGCAUCUGGAGAGUGAUGGAGAGCUCCAGAGGUGUGGGGGGUGUGGCAAGAGGUUCGACAGGAAGGCCGCACUGCUGUCGCACUCGCAGAUCUGCCAGAAGAGGAUUGCAGCCUGCAGUGAUGGCGCUGCCAGGGCCAGGAGGCAGCAGAAGGCCUCGGAAAUUGUCCUGGAGACCUCCACCUCCUCCCCUAUCACCACUGGGAGGGUGCCCGUGCCUGAGGGCACUGUCUCCGUCAAGGAUAUCAUUCCCAAGGUCGUUAAGGAGCAGAAGGAGGAGGUCAUCAGGCUGCCCAAUCUCUCGUCAGCCGUCACUCUCACCAGGCUCGGGCAGGACUCGGAGAUUGGGAUCAGGGUCGAGGGCGUCAGCAGUUUGAGCAAGGAUGCUUGGGAUAAGAUCGGUAGUGAGGCACCUGAGCCGGGGGAGGGGGUGGGGGCUGGGGCGCCGGGGGAGAAUGGGGUGCAGGGGCAGGAGGAGAUGGAUGACGAUCCGGAAAUCAUUUUUACGAAGAUUGAGAAGAGCCAGGAGGCAACUGUGGAGAAUGCCGACAGCAGGAAGAGGAAGGUCGGGGCGAAGGAGAGACAGCGAAAUCCUCAUUCCUCAUUACUAAAACGCAGUAGAACUCCAUCCCUGAAGGACCGAUCUGCGCCAUCAGAGACAGCUCGUCCCAUCUCCAGUCGUGUGAAAGCGAUAGAGCGUAGAAUCGCAACAAUCGCAGACCUGCAGAAGCUGCGGUGUCUUCCCUGCAACAAAAAAUUCUCCAGUAUGGCACAUUUACGCAGGCACAUGGCGAUCCACAUAAAUUGGAACAGAUAUCGCUGCAAAGUCUGUGGAUUCAAGUGUUACGAGAAAGUGGACUGCGUUGCCCACUGCAACAUGGCUCACGAUGCCAAGAACAAUCGAACGGCAAUUGCUGGAAUGAUGGCUGAGAUUCAACCUGAUGACAAUAAUGCUAGCGCUGCCGGACGGAGUCUCUUGAAGAAGCCGCAGGGACAGCCUAAGGGAGCCAUGGAUCUUGAAGUCAUCGAUGUUACCAGGCCCAAUACCACUUCUGAUGAUAUUGCCAAUGCUAAUGAGGAAAUUGAUUGCAUACAAAAUGGUGACUCCCAUCCGAAGAAAUCUGCCCCCUCACCAGACUCUGAAGAUCGUCCAGAGGAUUCAUCAGAGCGAUCGAAACGAGUGAAACUGGACGAAGAUCCAGAGCUCCGCAGAAUGGUGAUGGAGGUGAUCUUUGGGUCUUCCGAAGGUUCCUCGUCCUCCAGUGAGCAGUCCCUCAGCAGUGCAGCAACCCCAAAAGCCGUGGAGUGUGGAAUAAGCCUCGAGAGAAGUACCUCGUCCAGUCCAACGUCCAUUGAGCCCAGAAAUCCCUCACCGAAGGCCACCGAAUCACCCAAGAAUGAGGACAAAGUACAAAGACCCACGAGAAAUAGAUCGAAGGUCAUCGAUAAAGAUUUUAUAUACGAUCUGGAUGCUGUACUCAUGCAGGAGCCGGUGAUGAUGGAGGAGAUGUCGCAGAGCCCUGAGACUUCCCUCAAAGUCACGAAUGAUAAGAAACGUAGUUCGAUUGAUAUCAGGGAUUUCAAGGAGAGCGAUGAUCUCACUGUCGUUCUUUACACUGGUGAUGACGUUGACAGUAAAAUUCAGGAGAUACCCAAGACGAAUAUCAUCGUCUGUGACAAGUGAAUUUUUCUUCGAAAGACGUAUGAAAUUAUUUCAUAACAAAAACCCAAGGAAUUCGUUAUGAACUUCUAUCAAGCUUCUAUCAGUUUCCAGAAAUGUUUGGUAGAAAAUAUUUUGCUCAGAAAAAUCUGCACCUCUUGGAAUUUCUAUAAAAAUUCUCUGGAGAAAAUUUCCACGUUUUUUCCACUGCAUUUUUCUCAUUUGUUUUCGUUAAAAAAAUUAAGCAGAGGAAGUUUUAUAGAAAGUUGAAAAUAUAUUUGCAUUUUUUGAUAAGUAUUUUGGACUGAACGUUUCGAUAGAAGUUCGAUGGAGAUUUGGUGAUUUUUUCCGCAUGAAACACUCGUUUCCAUCAAAAAUGCAAUUCCAUUCGUCUUUGACGUCUCCCCGGAAAAUUAUGGACAUCGAUACUAUUUUUUGCUUAUCCUCAAAUGAUUUACUUUAUGUUCGUUGUAACUCUUGUCCCCUCCUAUCGUUUAUCUUGUUUUUUGCAAGGAUCACUGAAUAUGAUUAACAGUAUUUAUCCAGUUUAUCCAUUGGGACGUUCAGCGAACACACGAUUGUGUUUUAUGUAAUUAUGAAUGAUGAUAAUAAUGCAUAUGCAAGGGACAGUGUUGAUAUUGUAUUGCUAUUUUUUCGUCCCGUUGUAUAUACAAUGGUGAAACAUUGACCGAUUGUAUGUGAAUGUAUUCUAAGGGAAAUAAAAUUUAAAAAUCA